AUGUUAGUGACCAAAAAUGUUGCAGAACUCUGCGUUCUGCUCAUCCAAGAGCUCUAUGGCCAGCUCCCGUCGCGCAUCUUUGAUGUAAUGCUGUCCAAGGGCAGGGCUACACUCAAGCAACUCGGACUGCAUACGUCCAUGAACCAACGGCUUGUUCGACACGGCCUUGCUGUCCUGAUACAGCAGAACCUCAUCUUUCACCACACCGACCCUGACACGAACAUAACACAUUACGAUGCGAACCCCGAGGCUGCUUACAACCUCGUAAGAGUCGGGAAAAUUCUUGAUGCAGUGCACCGUGGCUACGGCGAAGAGGCAAGAGGCCUAGUACAUCAGGUAAUCGUCAACGGGCACAUAGAUGUGGCGACCCUCAUGAAGCACAAAUCGGGCGGCCUGAUGAACGGCGAGGCUCACCAGACCAAUGGCCAUGUUAACGGGACUGUUUCUGAACCUUCAACUAACAACGAAGAUGGCCAUGAUCACUCUCAGCAAACCUUCGACACUAUAGCUCACCUUAUUGCUAUUGGAAUCCUCGAGCCUCUUAACAUGAGGAUGCUUCAACCACCAGAUGAUGUGCGUGUCGAGAUCGAGCGUGAUGUUAUGAAGGAAUACCCUACCGGAUUGCGCGGCACCAAACAGAAGAACGACUACAAUGCGAAGACUGCACAAAUCUUCAGGGCAUACAUGGACGAGAGCAAGAGACUAAGGCGAGAGUUGGAGCGAGAUUAUCUUCAUCUUACCCCGGGAGUAAAGCGCCGCAAGCUUGAGAAUGGGCAUCCAACUCCCAGCAGGGAUGAUAUCAUUGAACCCGAAACCAUCCUUCACGUUAAUUACCAGAAAUGCAUGGUCGAACUCCGAAACCGCAGACUCUCUCACUAUGCCGAGGACAUGAUUGGGCCUAUCACCGGGCAAGUCUACGCCGCAAUGUUGGCUGCUCUGAGCAAGAAGCUGCAACACUGCCAUCUGAACGCAGAGAGUUCAGAGGGUGAUAUCCCACAAGCUCCGUCAGUCAGCACACUCGAGAUCUACGAGUAUCUGAGGCCCUCAGUCGAUGUUUUCUCCGGCAUCGGAAAGUGCGACCCAGACGCCAUCAAUACCGCGUAUGCGGAAAAGAUCCAGGCAGAGCCACCAGGCGAUGAGGCUAAUCAAGACGUGGACGGCCUGGCCACCAAUGGAGACGUGGAGAUGACGAAUGGUCAUCAUCUCGACGGACCGCAAGAAAGCGACACGAAGGUUGUCACUAGCCAAAAUGGUACUCGUGACACGAAAGUCAAGUUCGCCGAACGUGUACCUACGAAAACGGAGCGAAUCCAUCAGAUGCGCCAGCACUUACUUAUUCUGGCAGAAAGCAACAUGGGCUUUGUCAGGCAUUGCGGCGCAAAGGACCUUGGUGUAUGGACUGUCGACUUUGGGCAUCUGAUUCCUAAGCUUCAGCUCUUUGAGAUUGAUGCUUUGAUCGAAGAGUCAUUUGGCCGACAAGGACUACGUCUGGUCAAGGUCCUCCGAGCCAAGGGCAAGAUCGAUGAUAAAACAUUGCCCACUUUUGCCCUCAUGAAGAAGAGCGAUGUGUACCUUAAGAUGGCGGAGAUGGAGCUCCAAGGAUAUUUGGAGGUUCAAGAAGUGCCACGCGACAACAACAGAACGGCCAGCCGUACUUUGUUCCUAUGGUUCUUUGACCAGAAGCGUACCAUGGCACGCGUCGUCAACGACACGUACAAGGCAAUGGCACGCCACCUCCAGCGACUUGAGGUUGAGCGCCUCAAGAAGAAGAACGUCCUCUCAGUAGUGCAACGCAAGGACGUUGAGGGUAUGGAAGAAGAAAAGCUGAGAGGUGACAUCUACAACGAGUACCAACAGUUCCUCGAUAUCGAAAGCAAACUUCUUGGCCAGGUCGGCAGAUUGGACGACCUCGUCAGUCUUUUCCGAGAUUUCUGA